GCGCUCCGAGGCGGAGCCGCCGCCGUGCCGCCCGGGCUCCUCAGCCUGACCGGCCCGCGCGCACGAUGGCCGGCGCCGCGCCGCGGGUCCGCUACAUGGCGGGCUUUCGCUGCCCUCUCGGGGGCCUGGCGGCGAGCAAGCCCCGCGUGCUGUGCCACGAGGCGGAGGUCUUCCUGUCCACCGGGAGGGAGCUCGUCUACGUGUACGACCAGGAGGGCGGGCUGCUGACCGCGGCGUUCCGCUUCCCCGACCAGGUGUGGCACCUGGAGCUGCUGGCGCCGCGCAGGCUGCUGUACGCGCUGUGCGCGCGGAGGGGCCUUUACUGCCUGCCGCCGGACCGCCCGGGCAGGAGCAGGUCUACAAGCCAGGAUGAUGGGGACAGCGAGGACAGUGACCAGCCAUGCCCUGUGAUCCCUGUGGACCCCGAUGCCUGCGUCCUUCCCGAUGCCGCGCUGUGCGCAUUCACCGUCCUGGACAGUGUGCUGGUCACCCUGGUGCAGGGCCCUGCCCGGUGGAAGAUGCAGCUGUUUGAGCGGCCCUCUCCAGGGGAGGACGCCCGGCCAGGAGGCCAGAUCGGUGAGGUGGAGCUGUCCACCUACACCCCCCCAGCCGGGGUCCCAGGAAAGCCUGCAGCCCCCCACUUCCUCCCAGUGCUGUGCUGUGUGUCACCAUCAGGCUCCAGGGUCCCACACGACCUCGGGGGCUCCGGGGGCUUCUCGCUGGAGGACGCCCUCUUUGGUCUCCUCUUUGGAGCCGAUGCCACCCUCCUGCAGUCACCUGUGGUCCUCUGUGGUCUCCCUGAUGGCCAGCUCUGCUGUGUGAUCCUGAAGGCCCUGGUCACCUCCAGCUCAGCCCCUGGUGACCCAAAUGGCCUUGUCAAGAUCCUCCAUCACUUGGAGGAGCCUGUCAUCUUCAUAGGGGCCCUGAAGACAGAGCCACAGGCUGCAGAAGCUGCAGAGAAUUUGCUGCCUGACGAGGAUGUGCACUCUGACUGCCUGGUGGCCCUUGGUCACCAGGGCCGGAUGCUGGCCAUCAAGGCCAGCUGGGAUGAGUCCGGGAAGCUGGUGCCUGAGCUGCGGGAGUACCACCUCCCAGGCCCUGUGCUCUGCGCCGCCUGUGGCGGGGGUGGCCUCGUGUACUACAGCACCCCUUCUGACCUCUUUGUGGUGGAUCUGUCUCGGGGAAGCACCCCGCUGAGCGCUGAGCAGCCCGAUGAAGGCCCAGGAGGCCUGCCCCCCAUGCUGUGCCCUGCCAGCCUGAACAUCUGCAGUGCCGUCUCACUGUCGGUGUCUCCCAGGAUGCAGGAAGGUGGCACUGAGCUUCUGGCCCUGUCUGCCAAAGGCCGCCUGCUGACCUGCACCCUGGACCUGGAAACAGAGAUGCCUGGCUCAGCCAGGAUGACCGCGGAGAGUGCAGGCCGGAAGAUUAAGGAGCUGCUGUCUGGAAUAGGCAACAUCUCUGAGAGAGUGUCUUUUCUGAAGAAAGCGGUUGACCAGCGGAACAAGGCCCUGACAAGCCUCAACGAGGCCAUGAACGUGAGCUGUGCACUGCUGUCGAGCGGUGCGGGUCCCAGGCCCAUCUCCUGCACCACCAGCACCACCUGGAGCCGCCUGCAGACACAGGACGUACUGAUGGCCACCUGUGUGCUAGAGAAUCGCAGCGACUUCAGCCUGGACCAGGGGUGGACCCUGUGCAUCCAGGUGCUCACCAGCUCCCGUGCCCUCGACCUGGACUCGGCCUGCUCAGCCAUCACCUAUACCAUCCCUGUGGACCGGCUUGGCCCCGGCACUCGGCGGGAGGUGACGCUACCUCUGGGCCCUGGUGAGGAUGGCGGGCUCGACCUGCCUGUUACCGUAUCCUGCACACUCUUCUACAGCCUCAGGGAGGUGGUGGGCGGGGCCCUGGCCCCUUCGGACUCUGAGGACCCCUUUUUAGAUGAGUGCCCCUCCGACGUGCUGCCUGAGCAAGAGGGUGUCUGCCUGCCCCUGAGCAGGUACACGGUGGACAUGCUGCAAUGCCUGCGCUUCCCUGGCCUGGCCCCGCCACACACACGGGCCCCCUCCCCGCUCGGCCCCCCGAGUGACCCUGUGGCCACUUUUCUGGAAUCUUGUCGGGAGCCGGGCGGCCAGCCAGCAGGACCCACCUCCCUGCGGGCUGAGUACCUGCCCCCAUCUGUGGCUUCCAUCAAGGUGUCAGCGGAGCUGCUCAGGGCUGCGUUGGAGGACGGUCACUCAGGUGUGCCCCUGUGCUGUGCCACCCUGCAGUGGCUCCUGGCUGAGAAUGCUGCUGUGGAUGUUGUGAGGGCCCGAGCACUAUCUUCCGUCCAGGGAGUGGCCCCUGAUGGCGCUGAUGUUCACCUCAUCGUCCGAGAGGUGGCCAUGACUGACAUCUGCCCAGCAGGGCCCAUCCAGGCCGUGGAGAUUCAAAUGGAAAGCUCCUCUCUGGCCGACAUGUGCAGGGCGCACCAUGCCGUCAUCGGGCGCAUGCAGACGAUGGUGACAGAGCAGGCCGCCCAGGGCUCCAGUGCCCCUGAUCUGCGUGUGCAGUAUCUCCGCCAGAUCCACGCCAACCACGAGACGCUGCUGCGGGAGGUGCAGACCCUGCGUGACCGGCUCUGCACGGAGGAUGAGGCCAGCUCCUGCGCCACCGCCCAGAGGCUGCUGCAGGUGUACCGGCAGCUGCGACACCCCAGCCUUGUCCUGCUGUGACCCCGCGGGGCUGCCCUGCCCACGGCUCUGGCUGCGAUUCCAGACUCUGUUAACAGCCCCCCGGGCUUAGUGGUUUUAGAGGAAAGCUGAGUGGGCCUGGCCAGAGCUGUGGAAGGUCGGGGAAGGUGUGACCUGGCUAUGGAGGAGAACAGGAAAGUGCUUGGGGGCCGUGGAAUGCAAAGCAGAUCCUGAUUGGGAGCUACCCAGGUGGGCUGUGAACCUGGCGGGUCCAGCUUCGCAUCCUCUGCUGGUGGCUCCUCUCCUGACUGUGGCCUCCGCACUCGCCUUCCUCCUGCCGCAGCAACCCCUGGGCCAGGAGGUGAUGGGGACAUUCUGGACCCAAGCGCCGGAAAAACAGGGUUUCUGGGGUUUGGACUGAGGUCGGUUUGUACCUGUUGCUGCCACUCCACCAGGAGCACCACUGCCCCUCUGGGUGGCACUGUCAGGCACCCAUGGUACCCUUGUCACACUGUCCACACCUGCCCGGCUGCCCACUCUGGGACCCCGAGGUAGGAGGGUGCUCCCUGAAACCAAAGCACAAAGCACCACGCAGGCAGCUCCUGCAAGUGCCCGUGGCUCCGAGCCACAAGGAAGGGCCAUUGGGUGGCCUGUGGCCGGAAUGCUCAACAGUGAGGGGCCUCCGGCUGGGCUGCACCCAGCACUGUGCACUAUUUUCAGGGCCACUCAGGGUGGGGCUAUGGCCUGGGGGCACCCUGAGCUCCAGCCCCCAGCCUCCCUCAGCCUGGGCUACUGCCCGGCUCCCGGUGCUGCCGUUUUCAUCGGAGGGGGGGACCUCAUCCUUCCUCCUGCGGGUGCUUGCGCCGCUCCCACCGCAGGCACUGUCGAUGAGUGUGGGUGGGAGCUGUGAGGCGCUUCUCUGCUGUGACAAACGACCCUGUCUGUGAAACUUCA